UUAAUAAAAUCCCCGAAGAGCCAGGAGAAAAAUGCAGAUCUGCCUGACUCGCUAGUCUGCCAGUUGAGGAUUGCUCUGCAGUCCCAACGUGGGGUUUUUGUACGAAACGGCUCUAAAUCUGGGUUCAAUCAAUGUAUUUAAUCCUGGCUUCCAGUGAUGAGGUGGCUUCUGCCCUGGCUUCUAGCAGCAAGCAGCAUUUUGCAGGCUGUGUCCCAGGAUUCCACCACCAUGCCCCCUGCUGUCACCGUCGUGACUGAGGGCUACACACGGACUCAGUACUGUAAGUGGCCAUGCGAGUGUCCCACAUGGCCACCUCGGUGCCCAGCAGGGGUCAGCCUGAUCACCGACGGCUGCGAGUGCUGCAAGGCGUGUGCCAAACAGAUUGGAGAGAACUGCACGGAGGCUGAUACCUGUGACUUCCAUAGGGGCUUGUACUGUGACUACAGUGGAGACAGACCUAGGUACGAAAUAGGAGUAUGUGCACAAAUUAUGGGUGUGGGCUGUGUCCUUAAUGGAAUCCGGUAUAAGAACGGUGAGACCUUCCAGCCCAAUUGCAAGUACAAUUGCACAUGCAUUAAUGGGGCUGUGGGCUGCCUGCCAUUGUGCACCAGCUCACGCCCCCCGCUCGUCUGGUGCCCAAACCCAAAGCAAAUUAAGAUAGCAGGCAAGUGCUGCGAGCAGUGGAUCUGUGAUGACUCAAAGAAGAUCAGGAAGACAUCUCCGCGACAUAUCUCCUCCGCAGCUUACGAAGGAGAGAAUGAAUCCUGGCAGAAAAACUGCAUCAUUCACACCUCACCUUGGAGCCUCUGCUCGAAAACCUGCGGGCUGGGGAUCUCGACGAGAAUUUCCAAUGACAACGACCAGUGCCGGCUCCUGAAAGAGAGUCGUCUCUGCAACUUGCGGCCCUGCGAGGUGGAUAUAACCCAACACAUUAAGCCUGGGAAGAAAUGCUUGGCUGUGUAUAGGGCAGAUGAACCAAUGAACUACACCAUAUCGGGCUGCGUGAGCAAAAGUACAUACAGGCCAAAAUACUGUGGUGUCUGCACAGACAACAGGUGCUGCUCUCCGUACAAGUCGAAGACUAUUGAAGUGAGGUUUGAGUGCCCAGAUGGAACUGGAUUUUUCCAGAAAAUCAUGUGGAUCAAUGCCUGCUUUUGCAACCUGAGUUGCAAGAACCCUAACGACAUCUUUGCUGACUUGGCACAUUACCACGAUUACUCUGAAAUAGCGAAUUAAAUUGCCCGAAUGCUGGGGUGAACCACUGCUCUGAUUUUACAGAGGUUUUAAAAUAAAGGAGAAUCUUCCAUCCAGUGCCAAUGUAACAUUUCUUUCUCAAAGUCAGGAUUAAGUUACCUUUGUUUAUCCUACUAUAUUUAGAGACUUUUAAACAGGCAGAAUUUUCCGCUAUAGCAGACUUCUGUCCACUAAUGAGGGCCAGAGGUUCCCCUUCAUUGUUAGUGCCUGUGUGAUCAAAUGUAUCUAUUGAGCCACAUUGCUCAGAUGUCAUGAUUUAAAUGACCUGCCUGUUGGCAUUGGUGCACCAGGGAUGGUUAACAUGUUAAAAGAGCAUCAAAGACAUGCAUUGUGCCAGCAGUUUAAUGCCCAAAGGGGGCUUAUAGGCUAGGAGAAUUAGUACAUACUACACCUCUACCUCGAUAUAACGCGACCCGAUAUA